AUGGCCGGCCCCAAGCAGCGCAAGAUUGCCAUUGUCGGCAGCAGAGCCGUCGGCAAAUCCUCCUUGACGGUGCAAUUCGUCGACGGCCACUUCGUAGAGAGCUACUACCCCACCAUCGAGAACACGUUCAGCAAGGUCAUCCGGUAUAGAAACCAGGAUUAUGCCACCGAGAUCAUCGAUACCGCCGGCCAGGACGAGUACAGCAUUCUCAACUCGAAGCACUUCAUCGGCAUCCACGGCUACAUGAUCAUCUACUCAGUCGCCAACAAGCAGAGCUUCGAGAUGGCCCGCAUAAUACGUGACAAGAUUCUCAACCACCUGGUCAGUUACAUUCGCUUCGACAAAGUCGAGAAACGAAACAAGUCCGAUCUGCGACCGGAGCAGCGCCAAGUCACGGCCGACGAUGGCAAGGCCCUUUCCACGGAGCUCAACUGCGGCUGGACCGAGGCCAGCGCGCGCUACAACGAGAACGUGCAGAAGGCGUUUGAGCUGAUGAUUGGAGAGAUCGAGAAGAGUCAGAACCCUGGGGAACCCGCGGGCGGGAGCAAAUGUCAUGUCAUGUAA